AUGACGAUGAGGGAGAGUAUUAUCCAGUGCCACGCCACCUUCACACUCGCCCUGAUUCCCCGCCACAGCAGGAGGGGACUGCAGAGUCGGUACUUCAUGAGGAAGAUCAGCCUGCAGGUGUACUUCCGGAGACAGAGCCACCAGAUGAUGUCUGUCAGGGAGAAGUGUUGCCUGAGGAGGAGCCUGACCCGCCACCUUCUCCCAAUUACACUGUCCCAGAUGAAUGCGGGCGGCUGA